GAUUUGAUCUUCAAGAUAUUUCUCUAAUUGUGUGAAAGUGUGGUUAUGUUCUCCCCUUUGGUGGGAUUGGAGGACGUUUUAUUGUUAAAUCUAAGGUGUUUUGAUCAGUGAUGCAACUUUGGGGAUGCGAAAUUAACCCCAUAGGUUGCCAAUUAUUUUUGUCUGGAGCAAGGUCAAUCUCUGUAAUGGAACUAGCAGACAGGGCUGUUGGGUUGCUUUUAUCAGUCAUCAGUUUAUCCAUAUUCACAUAUUAUACUUUCUGGAUUGUCAUCCUGCCUUUUGUUGACAGUGACCAUUUUGUGCACAAGUACUUCCUGCCUCAAGAAUAUGCCAUUUUCAUUCCUGUAUAUGCUGGUGUUGCUCUGAUCUGCUUCCUUUCUAUUUUUAUUGGAUAUGUGAUGCUGAAAUCCAAAAAGAAAAAGGCAUAGGAGGAGGAAUCUCUUUGCCUUCAUUGGUUGAGCUUCUAUGUCACUGUUUCUUCUCAAGUCGGUUAUCUUAGAUAGUACUUGCAAAUGUAUUUCCUUUGCAGACUUUUCAGUGCAAUAUUUUCCUCAAGUUUAGAUAUAUUUGUCAGCUAAGGGGGCAUAUUUCAUGAUUUGCUUCAUUAUUUUGGCCAUAAGAGUAGAAUAAAUAAAGUUGUUAUUAUCUA